GUUAGCCGUUAGCAUCGUGAGCUAACCAGCCGGAGUGUAUAAUGGCGGCCUCGGUGUUGCUGGGGUCUGCGGACAACACCGGACUAAACUUCUCGAUUGGAGGCGGCAGCGGCGGUGGUUCUGGGAAUGUUUUAGUAGGGAACAAUAACGGACUGGGCUCGGCGGGUCCCGCGCCCUGGAACCGGUCUCUUGACCGGGCAUUGGACGAAGCCUCGGCCACCGGGUGUCUGAACCUCAGCGGCAGGAAGCUGAAGGAGUUUCCCCGGAGCGCCGCCAACCACGACUUAACGGACACCACCAGGGCCGAUCUGUCUCGUAACCGUCUGUCGGAGCUUCCUCUGGAGGUUUGUCUCUUUGUGUCUCUGGAGAGUCUGAACCUCUACCAGAACUGUGUGAGGUCUCUGCCGGACAGUCUGCUCAACCUACAGGCCCUCACCUACCUGAACCUCAGUCGGAACCAGCUGUCUGUCCUCCCGGUGGUGGUGUGUUCUCUGCCCCUGAAGGUUUUGAUCGUCUGUAACAACAAGCUGGUGUGUCUGCCGGAGGAGCUGGGCCAGCUGAGACAUCUCACUGAACUGGAUGUCAGCUGUAAUGAGAUCCAGACUCUGCCGUCUCAGGUGGGUCAGCUGGAGGCUCUACGGGACCUGAACAUCAGGAGGAACCACCUGGUCAGACUGCCCCCAGAGCUGGCAGACCUCCCUCUGGUUCGUCUGGAUUUCUCGUGUAACAAAGUGACGUCCCUCCCCGUCUGUUACCGUCAGCUCACACAGCUGCAGACCAUCGUCCUCGACAACAACCCUCUGCAGACGCCACCUGCACAGAUCUGCAUCAAAGGGAAAGUCCACAUUUUUAAAUACCUGAACCUGGAGGCCAGCAAGACGACCCCCGACCUCCCAGACUACGACAGACGACCUUUGACCUUCGGCUCCUGUGUGGACGAGCUGUACCCCGGGCGUCCCUACGGAGCUCUGGACUCUGGGUUCAACAGCGUGGACAGUGGAGACAAGAGAUGGUCGGGGAACGAGCCCACAGAGGAGCUGUCAGAGCUGCCUCAGAGAGUGGCUGAGAUCAGCAGAGAGCAGAGACACAGAGGAGGAGGAGGAGGAGGAGGAGGAGGAGCUGCUCUGCUUGCUAACGGCACACAUGUGGAGUUGGAGCAGAUAGACUUCAUAGACAGCUGUGUGGAGGAGGAGGAGGAGGGGAGGAGUCGAGGACGAGGAGGAGGAGGAGCAGGAGCAGCAGGGGACGGUACCAGCCUGAGCUCUCAGUUCAUGGCCUACAUCGAGAGACGCAUCACCAAGGAGGGUUCUCCAGGCAAAACCAACUCGACGAGGACGGACGACACAAGGAGACACAACAGGAGUGUGGUUGAUGGUGUCACAGCGCCCUCUAGCUCCCAGAGUCAGAGGGGUGUUGGGGGUGUGGAGAGGAUGAGGAGGGAGGCUCAGCUCGCUGCUCUGAAGUACGAAGAGGAGAGACAGAAGACCCGACCUCUGCAGAGAGACUCUGUCACCAGCUACAACAAGCACAAAUCGGCUCAGAGUCCCACAAAGUCCAGUCCAGAAAGCGAGACUGUCUGCCCCUCCAGACGCUCCACCCACACAGAUGACUCCGCCCUCUUUAUGGUAAGGGUUUGGCCACACCCCCAAAAAUGUACUAACUCGACUAAAAUUUGAAAAAACCAAACUGGCCACAACACACGGAUGUGAGUCAUUCAUAAUUAAAAUCACCACUUCCAUGUUUUAAUGAAUCGCAGGCUCUGCACGCUUAAUUUCCUGUUGCUCUUUCAGAAUAAAGGCAUUUCAAGUUUAUUUGAUGGCAGAGCUCCUGUCACAUCUGUUCUCAUGCUGCAUUCAUGUGCUGUCAGACACAUAGGGAAAAAACAUUCUGAGUAAUAAAAUGCUCAUAAACGCUGCUCGAGUCCAAACAAGUCGGAAGCGCCCGACUUGACAUCAUAAUCGUCAUCAACAUGGCAGUUAAAAAUGUUAAGUUAACGCUGAGACACUUUGGAUUAAUUCACGUAUUGCACAUCAAUAUAACUUGUGACAGGGAGGAGCACCUGAACGCAGCAUGUAGAGUGAACAUCUAUCAGAGGAUCAGUGACUUAGAGGUCUCUUAUUAAUAAAUCUGAAUGAUUCUGUCUCUUUAAAUCAGCAUGUGAUGUCUGACUCCUCCCCCCGCCCUCCUCUGCAUGAUCACACCUGUCACUCAUUAUCACCAGCCUAUCUCGUGUCUUCCUGUCAUCACGGCCCCGCCCUCCCCGACUCACUGUUCACAUUUGAUGUUUGGUUCCUUGUUUCUGUUAGAGCAUGAGCUUACAGAGGAAGAUGAUUAACUACUAACAGCUGUAA